AUGGCAACCCCGCUCGAUCCCUUCUCAGCCUUGUCAGCCACCGUCCCAUAUCAGGCCUCGCUGCCACCUUUCUUCCCAACAUUUUGUACCAGCUAUGAGAUCUAUACCUUCCGCAUCCAAUUAUUCGCUAAAGGAUUACGUCGCACCUACCACCAGAGUUGCUACCAGGGAGAAAUUUCACACAGAAUGACCACCUCCCUCUGGGCGAGAGUCCUCUCCGCCCUCCCAGACAAAGAUCAGCGCAUGUUUCCCACGUCAGGCAUUGCAUCACCACCAGUCUCACAGACAUUGACCGACAUCAUCACUGCAAUCGAAAUGCAGCGCGAUCGUUGCAAACGCCACAAAUGGUCGACCACCACCAUCGGUGGCAAGGAGAUCAUCAUUCGUGAUUUUGCUAGUGUGGUCGAUAUCGUUGUUUCCUAUGACCCGGUCCAUGCGGCACUACCUUGGGCAGGAGUGCGCUUUGUGCUUCAGCUGUUCUUGAACGGAAUCGAUACUUUCGGUGCUAUUGUGGAGGGGCUCGAGACGUCUGUGAGGGUCAUUGCGCCGGGUGGAAUACUCGAAGGUUCAUAUUAUCAGAAGAACUCUGCGCUGAGUGAAGCAAGACAGGCCUUGCAAGAUGAAAUCGUCAAGUGCUAUACAGCGGUCUUGAAAUUUUUGUCUCUGGCGAGGAAAUAUUAUCAGUGCUCGCGAACGAACGGUUUUAGACACUGCACCAAGGAAAUAAAGAGUGCCGAGCAGCAAUUUCUGAUACAGAAGGGGCUCGCUGAUAGCGAAGACCUAGGUAAUAUCGAGACACACGUUUUGCACACCAUCCUUAUAGCUACAUCAACGGCGGACCAGGUCAAUGAUAUGAAAGCAAAACUAGAAAAAGCCCUCCUGGACCUUGAUAAGCCAGUAACACGAGGUGUGGAUCAAGUUUCCGACCUUCAUCGAGCUCUGAAAGAAUGGCUUUUCCGUCACCCUGAAUUCCAGGCAUGGAGCAAUUCUAGUAGCUCUGAGGUGCUUUGGUUGCAUGGGACACGUGGGUUGAACUAUGAUAUUCCAAAGUUUCCCUAUCAAAUUGACAAGAAGCCGGCUGCGGAAAGUCCAAGAUCGCGUGAGUCUGCUCAAUUAGGGACUAACGACGUUAGCCCUUAA